AUUAGGGGCUAGAACGUCACGUACUAUUUCUCUACCCAUGGCUGAGAGGUUGCUUCAACCGCGGUCUUUGAAACGCGUUUAGAAGGCUGCUUUCCGAAGAAACUGUCCAUUGCAAGAAUUGGCUGAUUUUGCUUCCGCAAACGCGUUUCCUCAUUCCGCGUUGCUCUUUGCGACUUGUUCGGAACGCGUGUUUUCAUAACGCGUCAUACAUGUCCUCGGAGACCUUUACUGAUAUCCAGACACCCUCCCCCUCGAAAUUCGAAAUAGGGAAAGGUCUGAGCAUGUCAGUGUCGACAGCUUCUGGUGUCUCCAUUAAAGAUGGGAAGGCUAUCUUUAAGCAAAAACCAAUCGAUUGGUCAGCUGGCAUUGAAUCUAUGAAAGCAUUGAUUGCCUUCCACGAGUUUCUUUCUGGUCAAAACUCCUCCUUAUCAUUGUUUCCCGAAGAGCAUCUCCCCCUCAUAGCUAAGCACGUUCACGAGAGCGACAAAUCUAUCGGCGUCCUUCUUAGGAGCCUUCGAAAGACUCUAUUCCCUCACUCUCAGUCUGCCAGCGAAGAGGCUAGCCAGGGCGACAAAAUCAGCAACUCGGUGCUUCAGCAGGCCGUGCUCGAUGUGGCGGUUCGGGUUAACUACGGCAUAGACAGUGCCUCCGCUCCGUUUUGUAUCUGGAGGUGGGAAGCGAAAGAUUUGAAUCACGUCCAAGGCGCAGUAAGCAACAAAGAUGCUGCGGCUGUUCGCAAGGCCCAACGGAUUCAGGCCAAGCAGGAGUUAUACUACCUGUUCAAUUCUCUUCCGGAACAGGGUCGGACCCCGUUCAUGAGCGGUAAGAAAGAGCAGCCGGAGGGUGGCCUGGCUACGGCACAAAUCAAGGACCCGAGCGACGAAAGCAAGCCGGAAAAUCCGACGCACUCAAGCGGAGACACCAAAAUGCCCAAAGUUCAGAAGACGGGGAGCAAAAUGAAUGAAGUAAGCCCAUAUUUCAUUUACUCAAUUCCACUCACCAGCAUCAAGAAAUCUGCGGUCAUCAUGGCAUCCUUCUUCAAUAAACCGGUCAAACGGCGCGACCAACCAGCCACUGCCACGGAUCCCAAAACAGAUUUCGACAAAUAUUUCCUACCGUUUUCUGUUCGCAAGAACGUUAUCCUGGCACCAACGAACCAGUUCCACACAAAACCCCCGAAGGGAGCAGUGACGAGAGUAGACUCUGAAAUAAUCAUUCUUGACGGCGAUCCGAGCAAAACUGAUGGCUGUUCCACUCUCCCCGAUAUUUAUCUACCCCUGGCAUACGCAAUGGACAUCAAUGGGGACAUUGCGCCGAGGAACCUUAUUUCGCAAUUCGUUCGAAAAGUGCCUCCAUCUCGGCGCGUGGGAUCAUCUUUCUAUGAACCCCCUUCGUUGGGCUUCACCGAUGGAGUCCGGGAUAUUAUGGCGAACUUGAGUGAAGCCGAGGUGAACGGAGAUGAAGUCGAGACCCGGCGGCUCCUCGAUUUACUCAAGGACAGGCGCAAACUACCGGCUAAAUUACUCCAAUUUCAUGAUAAUGCACGGCCACCCUACUACGGGACUUGGACUAAAUCCUCUACCCAUGUGGGUCCACGAACCCCAUUCGCCAAAGAUCUUGUUGUCUUCGAUUAUUCGUAUGAUAGCGGUGAUGAAUGGGAAGAGGAAGAAGUCGAAGGCGCCGAAGAACUGAUGUCUGAGAGCGGCUCCGAAGGGGAAGGCGAAGACGAGUUUGAAGAGGAUGAUUGGCUUGUUGGCGACGACGAGAUCGAAGUGGCGAGUGGGAUUUCUCGCUCAGUGUCUCCCUUUGCAAAUCCCGCUGUAAAUGAGAAGAGGAAGCGUAAGGCAGAGUCCAACAUCAAAGCUGUUUCAAGGAAGCGAAGACAAAUUGUCGGUCCCUUGAUACCGUUCUCGAAGGGUCCUUUUUACGAGGAGGUCAUUGGUACACGACAAUAUGAACCUUUUAAUGACCAUAAUAUAUCUCUUCUUAAUGACUCUUAUCUUGGACUUGACCCUUUUGCUUUUGUUUCCGCCUGCGUCGAGGAUUACAAUAAGUUUGUGACGCAAUCUGAAGACGCUCCAAGCGAUACCGGGCCCAAUUUUGCCAUUCCCACCAUACCACUCCAUGUUCUGGCUUCGCAAGCAAAUGGAUCCGUGGUCAACGAAACUGACUCAGCACCCGCCAAGGUGGGGACAUCAAGGAGGACUGGCCUUACUUUCUCGCUCCCAUCAGAACAUUACCCCGCUUUCCUGCGUGCGAUUGACGGAAGCGACCGACCCAAACCCGUUCUUAUUGACGAAUUGUUCAAACAGUUCAAAGAUUUACCGGGAGUCCCAUUAUUACGUAAAAAUGCUAUCGAAACUAAGAUUGGGGAGAUUGCAGUGAAGGAAAAGAAGAUCUGGAAGGUCAAAUCUGAUGUUUGGACGCAUGCUGGACUAAAUCCACCAUGACACGCCUACAGUCUCUUGCUCUAAUUUAUCGCAUUGCUGAAUCGGU